UGAGGGCUGGAGGAAGGCACAAAGGAGUCGCUGGGCGGAGAAGGGAGGGGAGAGGCGAGAGGAGGAGGAAGAGGAGGAGAGAGGGCAAGCCGCGCGCGGUGUCUCCAGCGGCUCAGUCCGACCUCGGCGAGCUAGCGGGCAGGCGCGCCGCCCCCCUCCCCCGCCCGGCCUCCCCAACUCGGCAGCCGCGAGCAAAGUUUGCAAAGAGGAGCGGGAGGCGGCGGCCGCGGCGAGGAGGCGGCGGGGAAGGCGCGCGGUCUCCGGGCUGGGGGCGGGGGCGGGGGGGCGCCCGGGAGCCGAGUGGGGGGCGGCGGCCAGCAUGCGGCCCCGCAGCGCCCUGCCCCGCCUGUUGCUGCCGCUGCUGCUACUGCCCGCCGCCGGGCCGGCCCAAUUCCACGGAGAGAAGGGCAUAUCCAUCCCGGACCACGGCUUCUGCCAGCCCAUCUCCAUCCCGUUGUGCACGGACAUCGCCUACAACCAGACCAUCAUGCCCAACCUUCUGGGCCACACGAACCAAGAGGACGCCGGACUGGAGGUGCACCAGUUCUACCCGUUGGUAAAGGUGCAGUGCUCGCCCGAACUGCGCUUCUUCCUGUGCUCGAUGUACGCACCCGUGUGCACCGUGCUGGAGCAGGCCAUCCCGCCGUGCCGCUCCAUCUGCGAGCGCGCGCGCCAGGGCUGCGAGGCGCUCAUGAACAAGUUCGGUUUCCAGUGGCCGGAGCGCCUGCGCUGCGAGCACUUCCCUCGCCACGGCGCGGAGCAGAUCUGCGUGGGCCAGAACCACUCGGAGGACGGCGCGCCAGCGCUUCUUACCACCGCGCCGCCGCCCGGCCUGCAGCCGGGUGCGGGGGGCACCCCGGGCGGCCCGGGAGGCGGCGGCUCGCCCCCGCGCUAUGCCACGCUGGAGCACCCGUUCCACUGUCCGCGCGUCCUCAAGGUGCCGUCCUAUCUCAGCUACAAGUUCCUGGGCGAGCGCGACUGCGCGGCUCCCUGUGAGCCGGCGCGGCCGGAUGGCUCCAUGUUCUUCUCACAGGAGGAGACGCGCUUUGCGCGCCUCUGGAUCCUCACCUGGUCCGUGCUGUGCUGCGCCUCCACCUUCUUCACCGUCACCACGUACCUGGUGGACAUGCAGCGCUUCCGCUACCCCGAGCGGCCCAUCAUCUUUCUGUCCGGCUGCUACACUAUGGUGUCGGUGGCCUACAUCGCGGGUUUCGUGCUCCAGGAGCGCGUGGUGUGUAACGAGCGCUUCUCCGAGGACGGCUACCGCACGGUGGUGCAGGGCACCAAGAAGGAGGGCUGCACCAUCCUCUUCAUGAUGCUCUACUUCUUCAGCAUGGCCAGUUCCAUCUGGUGGGUCAUCUUGUCGCUCACCUGGUUCCUGGCGGCCGGCAUGAAGUGGGGCCACGAGGCCAUCGAGGCCAACUCGCAGUACUUUCACCUGGCCGCGUGGGCCGUGCCCGCCGUCAAGACCAUCACGAUCCUGGCUAUGGGCCAGAUCGACGGCGACCUGCUGAGCGGCGUGUGCUUCGUGGGCCUCAAUAGCCUGGACCCGUUGCGGGGCUUCGUGCUGGCGCCGCUCUUCGUGUACCUGUUCAUAGGCACGUCCUUCCUCCUGGCCGGCUUCGUGUCCCUCUUCCGCAUCCGUACCAUCAUGAAACACGACGGUACCAAGACGGAGAAGCUGGAGCGGCUGAUGGUGCGCAUCGGCGUCUUCUCGGUGCUCUACACGGUGCCAGCCACCAUCGUCAUCGCCUGCUACUUCUACGAGCAGGCCUUCCGAGAGCACUGGGAGCGCUCGUGGGUGAGCCAGCACUGCAAGAGCCUGGCCAUCCCGUGCCCGGCGCACUACACGCCGCGCAUGUCUCCCGACUUCACCGUCUACAUGAUCAAAUACCUCAUGACGCUCAUCGUGGGCAUCACGUCGGGCUUCUGGAUCUGGUCCGGCAAGACGCUGCACUCGUGGAGGAAGUUCUACACCCGUCUCACCAACAGCCGGCACGGCGAGACCACCGUGUGAGCCCGGCGCUUAUGCGCCGCGUCCCCGGCCGGGCCCGCACCGCGCGCUCACCGCCCGCGGGGAGGGGGUGGGGCGGGCGCUCCUACAGACUCCUUAUUUUAUUUUUUUAAAUAAAGAACAAUCGAAACCAUUUCUUUUUUAGGUCGCUUUUUAAAGAAAACUCUGCCCAACAGCCCCACCAGGUUUGUAAUUAAAACUGUAAAUAGUCUUUGUAAAUUUAAUUAUAUAUUUUGUAUUUAAAAGAAAAAAAGGGGGGAGGGCGAGGGCGCCAGGGCCUGAGGAGUAGGGGGUGGGGGGUCUGAGGGGUUCUCUCCUUUCUUCAGGGCCCUUUCAAACACCAUCCCUGGUUUGACAGGGCCGGGCCUGCUGGAAGAGGUGUUGGCUCUGAGGAGUUGGCACAUUCAACUUCUCAAGCCAAAUUUGUGAGCUUUCUCACUGACGCUGGGCCUAUGGAAGCUGUUGGAUAGUUUUGAACAAGACUUGGAUUCAUUUUGAUUUCCCAUUCCCCCUUUCUCUCCUCACUUGUGCUGUCUCCUUCACUCAGUCUUUGGAAACCUCCCAACGGAGAUGAAGACGUGGAGGGAAAAAAAAAAAUCUAACCCGAACCGACGGGUGGGGUGGUGGGGAGAGGGCGGAGAUCGAGUGAGGAAUGGCCUCCACACACCCCCAUCCCAGGCCCACCCCCCUGCUGGCAGGAAGAUCUUUCUCUUCUGACUUUUCUUCUUUUCAACUGGCUGCCGGGAGCUCUUGGAGUGGGCAGAAAGUGCUUUGUGAUGUGUGUUUUGAAACAACCCCCCACCCCCACCCCACUAGGUUGAGUACGGAUCCUGACUGCCUCCAUUUUUAGGGGGAGCAUCAUCAAGUUUUCAGAUGUAGAGGUCUGGAGAUACCUUGCAUCUCUGUCCUUUCCCCUGCUGUCUACUCCACGCCUGCUCUUUCCCCCACGCCUGCUCUUUCCCCCACUCCCGCCCCCAACUGAAUGUCUCCUCUGGCAUCCAGGUUAGCCGUUUGUGGGUGGUUUGUGUGGUCCGUGUGGGUUUUUGUUUUUUUUUUUUGUUUGUUUGUUUUUCAAAAAGCAAUAAAAUGGGUUGGGUUGGAGGGAGGGAACGGAUGGACGGGCUGGUGGGAUUUUUAGUUUUUCUUUGACAAAGACUAGUUUCUUUUCAAACUUGCCCAGAAAAGGGAGGGGAUGGGAGAAGUGGGUAUCUUUGCUUUGGACACAGGCUCUGGGCAGGCUCUUUGUGACUGUGGGGAUGGGGUUGAGUGUUUACAUGACAUUCUCUAUCACAAGAUUGAUAGAAUGUUUAUAACAGAUGUUUUCUGUCUUCCCCUUAUACCCCCCCAAAUAAAAGUCAAGACUUUUCUUAAAGUAUCAUUCAUGCUGGUAUGAGAACUGCAGUUUCCAAUACACAUCAUUUCCCUCAACCAAAUAUUUGAAGUAUUUUAGAAUUUUAAUUCCAAUGGAUUGAUUUGAAGACCAAGGGGUGGGGUGAAACAAGUUUGCCCCCAUAACUCAACUUUUCACCAUCUCCUGUGUCUUGAUAAUAGUGCAAAUUAAAAGCUAAUAAUCAUCAUAAUAAAGUGCAUUUAAUUAUCUUCUA